GAAGGAGGCAUUGUUGAGAUGAGCUGAGCUAAGCUGGGACGACCUGGCUGCCGUGUUAUGUGGCGGCGCUCCCAUCUCCAUCUCCAUCUGCGACCUCCCAAUGUCGCCGAAGUUCCACAUUUCUCGGCCCCUCUUCUCUCUCUCAAGCGAGACCUCUCUCAAUCCCCUCUCCCUAAUCAUCCUCUCCUUCUCUCACUCCCACUAUUCCACUACCAAUUCACCCUCCCACACCUCUCACUAUCUCUCUCAGUUUCUCCCUCUCGCCGACUCCACCUUCAAACCCCUCAACACAAUCACCGCACGUGAACGUCGCCUACUCGUCCUGGGCCUAUCCACCGCCAUUAAAACCGACCAGGGUUUCGCUCUCAAGGCCUUCUCCCUCCGCUUCUGCCCCUUCCUUCUCGUCAAGAUCAUGAACUUCUUAGACACCCGCCACGCCGCCUUUGCGUUCUUCAAGCUGGCCUUCGGGAACAAUUCCCAGGAGACCGUUCGCUUGAGCUGCGUCGCGGCGCAUGUUCUGGCGGCCAAGGGCCUUCCCCUGCUCGCGCAGGACGUCGUUUCCUGGCUCAUUGCCAGGGUUGGGGCUGGGAGAGCCAACGAAAUAUUUGAGUUUAUGUGGAACAAUCAUGCUAUGUACGAGUCUGAUUUUUCCGUCUUGAAUACCCUUUUGCGGGGGUUUCUGAAUUUGGGGAUGAGUUUUGAGGCGUUGGAGGUUUUGCGUAAGAUGAGGGAUGUGGGAGUUAGGCCUGGUUUGUCUUCGCUGACUAUUCUCAUGAGGUUGUUGCUUAGGCUUGGUGAUUAUGGUAGUGUGUGGAAGGUGUUCAAGGAUAUGAUCCACAGAGGGCCUCGCCCUUCGAAUAUCACGUUUAGUGUGAUGUUGUAUGGGUUUUGUAGACAACAGAAGAUUGCGACUGCGGAGAGUUUGUUGCAUUUGAUGCCUAAGUUUAUGUGUAGUCCUGAUGUUUUUGCGUUUAACAUUCUUAUUAACGCGUGCUGUGUUAGGGGGAGGACUUCGGUUGCGUUUGAUUGGCUAAAUUUGAUGGUUAGAAGUGGUUGUGAACCGAGUCUCUCUACGUUUAAUACCAUCAUGCAUGCACUUUGCCGGGAAGGGAAUGUGGGGAGGGCGCAGAAGCUCUUUGAUGAGAUUCAGGAUAUGGGAAUUGCGCCAAACGCAGCUAUGUAUAAUACACUGAUGGAUGGGUAUUUCAAGGCAAGGGAGGUUAGUCAGGCAAACUUGCUUUAUGAAAAGAUGAGGACUAAGGGUGUUUCUCCUGAUUCUGUGACUUUUAAUAUUUUGGUUGGGGGGUAUUAUAAGUAUGGGAGAAAAGAUGAUUGGAACAUGUUGUUGAAAGAUUUGAUUGUAUCGGGAUUGUUUCCAGAUUGUUCACUGUGUGAUGUAGCUGUGUCUGUGCUAUGUUGGACUGGCAGACUUGAUGAGGCCAUGGCAUUAUUGCAAGAAUUGCUUGAAAAGGGACUAACUCUUAGUGUUGUUGCCUUUAACUCAGUAAUAGGUGCCUAUAGCAGGGCAGGUUUAGAAGACAAAGCUUUUGAAGCCUAUCGUAUUAUGGUCUUGGGCGGUUUCACUCCUUCAUCGUCCACUUGUAAUUCUCUGCUUAUGAGUUUGUGUAGGAAAGGAUGCUUGCAAGAAGCCAGGAUACUUUUGUAUGGGAUGCUAGAGAAGGGGUUUCCCAUCAACAAAGUGGCUUACACGGUGCUUUUGGAUGGAUAUUUCAAGAUGAAUGAUUUGGAUGGAGCUCAGUUUCUCUGGAAGGAAAUGAAAGAAAGGGGUAUAUAUCCUGAUGCUGUUGCCUUUACAGCCUUAAUUGACGGGCUUUCAAAAGCAGGUAAUGUCGAGGAGGCAUAUGAAGUGUUCUUAGAAAUGUCCGCUAUGGGUUUUGUUCCUAAUAAUUUUGCUUACAAUUCUUUGAUUAGAGGCCUCUGCGAUUGUGGGAGGAUGACCGAAGCAUUAAAGUUGGAGAAAGAGAUGAGGCAAAAAGGCAUUCUUUCUGACACCUUCACCUUCAAUAUUAUCAUUGAUGGUUAUUGUAGACGGGGACAAAUGCAGUUUGCAACUGGUACAUUUCUUGACAUGCAACGGGUUGGUUUGCCGCCAGAUAUUUUCACAUUUAACAUAUUAAUUGGAGGGUACUGCAAGGCAUUUGACAUGGUUGGCGCAGGUCAGAUGGUUAAUAAAAUGUACUCGUGUGGGCUUGACCCAGAUAUCACAACCUAUAAUACACGAAUGCAUGGCUACUGCAGAAUGCGAAAAAUGAAUGAAGCAGUUAUCAUUUUGGAUGAGCUCAUCUCCGCUGGCAUUGUUCCAGACACAGUGACUUACAACACUAUGAUGAAUGGUAUUUGUAGUGAUAUAUUAGAUCGAGCUAUGAUUCUUACUGCCAAAUUACUUAAGAUAGGUUUUGUUCCAAAUGUGAUUACAACCAAUAUGUUGUUGUCACAAUUUUGCAAGCAGGGGAUGCCUGAGAAGGCAUUACUAUGGGGUCAAAAAUUGUCGGAGUUUUCCUUUGGUUUUGAUGAAAUCUCAUAUAGAAUACUGGAUCAAGCUUACCGUUUGAAACGAGAUAACGUUGAACUUGUGAGAGAAACAUAUGAAAAGGGCCUUUUUAUGGAUUUCCUCAUGUACAUCACAUUUGACUAUUUUUCAAGAAAUAAACCUCAGAAGAUUGAGAGCAGACUAGAGUUAAUUGAAAAUCAAUUCAUUGCUUUGUGAACUUAUUAUUUCAUCUUUCUAGUAUCCUUGAAAUCUGCAAUGAUUUUAUGUAAUCGUGAGAACAGUACAUUGGACUCAUUCAUUGACUACUUGAGCAUUACAUGAAACAAGUGGUCAAAAUACGUUAUGUCAUAUACUGUAAGAAACAUUGAGGAAUUGAUCACCCUUUUUGAAGAUGAAUAUCAUUGGUUAUUACUACCAAUCCUGGAGAGUUUUAUGCGUGUUUCUCUAUAAUGGAUAAUAACAGCCAAUUUUUAGAGGCUGCAAGGGAAGCAUAAUUUGAUUCUAUGAUCGAGGCCUUGAAAACACUGUCAGUCUAAAAUGUGACUGAAUCUACUGAACUGCAGGCGAUGGAGAUUGGAGAGUUGUUUCGCUUGUGUUGAUCUGGGAAUUAGAACUGAACAUUGUUGACAAGUACAUCUCUCAAAAGCUUAAUCAUAAGAUAAAUGAAGACAAGGAAACUGAGAAAAAUGAGGCCAAAGCCAAGGAGAUAAUCUUGAUGCUCAUUGGAGGAGAGUGCAUUAAAUGAAUGAUUAUCAUGAAAGGAAAAAGUUUAGAAUCAAACGAGAAUACUUGGAAUUAUGGGGUACUUCUUAGAGGUUGGGAAUUGAGCUAGAGGCUACUGUCCCUCCUACUGUUGCAAGGUCAAAGAGGUGAAACUUGGUGUGGGCUUCAAGUGAUAUGUUUAAGAAACUUAAAUUCAAAAGAAAAAAAGAGAAGAGGAAGAAGCUUCCAUGAUAAAAUAGCUGGAAUCUGGAUUGACCAUGAUGCAACAACGUAACUGUCAUGAAAGGUAAAGAAAAGGUAAGAAAUAAAGGGAAUGUCCAGAAAAAGCCUUAUGGGAUGGUGGAGUCAAAUAUUAUUGAGCUUCUUUCUGACUUCUUUUGGGACAAUUCAAUUAUGGUCUUAAUAUUUUUGGUCCUAUCAUUUGUCUUGAUUUUGGUUUUGGUCCCUAUACUUAAUAAGUUUGAUUUGUGGUCCUUAUAGUUUUACAAGUUUAGGUUUUGCAUCUAGUUUGGAUAAACUUCUCAAUUAGAAUUUAUUGGUGAAGAAAAAUGGGAUUAAACUUCUUCCAUAUUCCAUAAGAAAAAUAAAUUCGUGCCUCACAAUUUUUAUAGAAGCUCUCGCAUCCAACUUUUCCAAAAAUUGAGGUUCAUUAUUUGAUUUAAACUUGUAGAAAUUCAGUUCGCUUACUUUUAUUUUCUUCUCUCAUAACUGCUUAUUAGAAGUUCAUCAAACAAGACCUUGGUACCUAGUUUUAUUUAUUCUUAUAGUUUUUUCUACUUGGGUUUUGGUCUCUCGAGUACACCAGACAUUGGUCCAAAUGGUUGUACCCUACAAGACAUCUUUUGGCAUACUGUUUGUAGUAGGGACCAAACGAAAUUUUUGAAAGAAUAAGUACCAACAACUUAAUUUUUAAAGUAUACGGAUCAAAAACCAAAAUUAAAGUGAUUCAUACCAAAAAUGUAUUUAAACCUUCAAUUAUAUUUGAAGAUGUUCGCCAUGUUUGUUAGUGAAAGAGCAUGCUACUGCGAGCAUUACACAGAAAUAUGCUCGUGUUGGAGCCUUUCUUGGGUUUGAAGAAAGGAACCUGGAAUGUAGUUCUAUAUUUAGCAGGAGGAAAUGGAAACUUCUGUCAUUGGCAUGUUGAAUUGGCAAUACUUGCUAGAAUACUAAAGAAAUAAGUCAUAAAAGAAAAGUUGUCUAAGUUUAGGUUCGCCCAGCUUCUCCAUUUUGGGAGAUUUUGUAGAAAAGUAAUUGAAUUAUUUAUUUACCCUCAACCCCUUUCUUGAUCACACGUCUCAAUUUAUUUCGCAUUCUUUCAUAAUGAGGCAUUUGUGCUAUCUGUGCCCUGCCAUCACACUUUGGUUGGGAUUUGUUGGAUAUGGGGCCAAGAAUAGAAUAUUCGAUAUCUGGGUGUUUCCUAAAUUAGCAGAGCAAAUAUUCUGAUUAAUUUUACAACUUUAAUUAAGGGAGUUGUAUCCUCAGUUUUAUAUGGUAGUUUUUUUUAUUUAUUGGUUAAUUGAAAAUGACAUAAUCAUGAGUUACUCUACUAAAUACUUCAUAUGAUGCCUAGGUGAAAGCGGCACUAGUUGUUGUCAACACUGAUUGCCUGACCAGAGUUGUUCUCCAAAUAGAUUCUGCAACUUUAGAACCCCACAUAUUAUGACCAUUUCUGUGACUUCUGUCGCAUACUCAAUAGUCUAGCACAUGCUGGACUGUUAAUCUCAUUUUUUGUGCUCUCAUAAGUUCGGCCUAUGCCCUCGUGGAGAUUGUUCGUGUGAACUUGCAAUAUCAGCAUGCAGUUGGCGAACAACAAAAGUUUAUGACUAAUUAAUGUCAUUUGGGUUCGUUUUUUUUUUCUCUUUCAACUCUUUUUUAUUGUUCUCACUAAUAGUUGAAUAAGGUUAUUUGUGAUUGGCCCUCUCAACCUGCAAAGACCAUUUCUAAAAUAUGAAUCUUUUGAAAUUUGAUGUCACGUUCGAAGGCCUUUACUGGCUACGGUUACAGCUAUUGACUGAAACAAUUGUGUUACUAAUUUUGUUUAAGUAUGACAAUGAUGUGCCAAUAUUGGUCAAUGCUGGUGAAUAGCAGGUGAAUCCAUUGUUGAAGAUUAGUCUUUAGGAAUCGAUGUUAGAUAUGAUGUCUACUUGGUUUGGCUGCUUACUAAAGCUUGCAUAUUGAUAGCAGAGAAUGGCCAUGGUUCUUGUUCGGAAGGCUUUGUUUAACAUGUAUGACACAUAUCUAAUUGAUUAAUUAUAAUAUGUUGUAUUGUGUUGAAUAUA